UCGAAGCCAACGCGUUUAUUUGUAGCAUUUUUCCUCACCGGCCCGAUGGAGCACUGAGUUCUGAUCAUCUUCUCUAAUGGCGUUACCGAUGUGGAGGAGAGCUUCCAUCCAAACCCUUAGGGCAGGGGCGCGCUGGCUCUCGACCUCGUCGGUUCCUUCGAGGAGGUUCGCGGCGGUGUGGGGGAAUGGAGAUUAUGGGAGAUUGGGCCUUGGCGGGUUGGAAUCGAGAUGGAGACCAACCGUGUGUGCAUUCUUCCAGGAUGAUGAUCCCCCCGUCUCGAUCGCAUGUGGUGGCGCUCAUACCCUCUUCUUAACUGAAAGCGGGCGUGUUUAUGCGAGCGGAUUGAACAAAUUCGGGCAGCUGGGGAUAAACGCUGGAACUAGUCAUGUGCUGGAGCCUGUUGAAGUUUAUGGAUUUUCUGAGAAGGUUGUAGAGAUUUCAGCUGGUUACCAUCAUUCUUCUGCUAUCACUGAGGAUGGGAAACUCUUUACAUGGGGGAAUAACUCCUGCGGGCAGCUUGGUCUCGGAAAAAGGGCAGGCAGCAUUGUUUCUACUCCAACUAUGAUUGAUUGUUUAGCUGACAUAAAAGUGUCAAAGGUUGCAUUGGGUUCAGAGCACUCAAUAGCUAUCACAGAUGAAGGCGAAGUCUUGAGCUGGGGAGCUGGUGGCUCUGGCAGACUUGGUCAUGGACAUCAGUCCAGCUUUUUGGGAUUUUCAAUGAUUUCAAGUGAAUAUACUCCAAGACUGAUUAAGAAUUUCGAAGGAAUGAAGGUUAGAAGAAUUGCCGCUGGAAUGUUGCAUUCAGCCUGCAUCAAUGAGCAAGGCUCAGUGUUUAUCUUUGGAGAAAGAACAAUCAAUAAGCUGGGUUUUGGUGAAGCGAAGAACGCCACAAGACCACUUGUUGUCGAACAACUUCCAUUUUCUGAAGAAGUUGCUUGUGGUGGUUAUCACACUUGCGUAGUAACAAAUGAAGGAAAAUUGUUCACAUGGGGCUCAAAUGAGAAUGGUUGCCUUGGUCUUGGGUAUUGUUGCAUCAUCUAUUCCAUGGACAUAGUCCGCACUCCUCAGGAUCUAAGGAGUUCUUUGCUGAAAUUUCGUAUCUCUCAGGUAUCCUGCGGUUGGAAGCAUACAGCUGCAAUUUCUGAGUGUGUGUUGUCAGGCGGCAAUAUCUAUACUUGGGGCUGGGGAGGGGCGAAUGGGACAUUUUUUGAAGAUGGCCAUUCCUCUGGAGGACAACUGGGGCAUGGGAAUGAUGUUGACUGUUUUGAGCCUAUGAUGGUUAGUAUGGAUCAGCAUGUUAAGGCAUUGCAGAUAUCAUGUGGAUUCAACCAUACUGGCGGUAUAUUUGAGCAUAGCCAGGACUGAGGUUCAGGAUUCAAUGGAUGGAUCCAAGACGUGAGAUUUCCAGAAGACCAGUAUUUAUUAAUGAAACGAGGAAGGUUUUGCUUCACUGCGUAUACAUUCUCUUUCCUUUUGUUAUAGGGUGUUACAUAUGUGUAUAAUGUACAACCUAUCACCAUUUUAUAGGAAAGCAUUUAGGCUUUCAAUGCUGGUGAUGUUGAACAUCACAUAAUCAAAUAAAGGUUACAUUUAAUUGUAAUUUGUCAUUGAUGUACUUCCAAUUACCAAAUAUAUUAACUUGUAAUACUUGAUACAUAACAAGUUAUUCUUUUUUCUAAUGACA